CCAUAUCGGGGUCCAACAUAUUUCGGAUCCCCUCGUUUCUUUGUUUCUUUCAAGCCUAUUUCUCCGACUCCUAAACCUAGGGCUGUUUGGUUGACAAGAAAAGGGGACUUCUACGUUCUCGGGAUUGUAUGAUUAUCAAAUUUUGUAGUGAACUUUUCAGAUGCAUAGUCGGUGGAAUUGAUUCGUGAAUUUUGGUUUUUUGGUUCACAUUCGGUCAGUUUAGUGAUGGCUUUGCUGUUCAAGGAUCCAAGCAAGCUUUCAGCUUACCGGGACAAAAGAUUUCCUGGAACACAAGAAGAUUUUGAGCAUGCUCUCUUGACUUCAAUGACUGUCUACAUUGGAAACAUGUCCUUUUAUACAACAGAAGAGCAAGUUUAUGAACUGUUCUCCCGGGCUGGGGAAAUUAAAAAGAUAAUCAUGGGUUUAGAUAAGAACUCAAAAACUCCUUGUGGCUUUUGUUUUGUCUUAUACUACUCUAGAGAUGAUGCUGAAGAUGCCGUCAAAUAUAUAAGUGGAACAGUUCUUGAUGAUCGCCCCAUUCGUGUGGAUUUUGAUUGGGGAUUCCAAGAAGGUAGGCAAUGGGGUCGUGGUCGAAGUGGUGGACAGGUGCGGGAUGAAUAUCGUACUGACUAUGAUCCUGGUAGAGGUGGUUAUGGAAAAUUGGUUCAGAGAGAAUUGGAAGCCCAAAGGCAACUUGUAGAUUAUGGUUCUGGGUCAUUGGGAUCUUUCCCACCAGUUAUGCCAUCUCAAUACGGUAGACACGGCGGAAGCCAGGGUCAUGGGGGUUCUAAUCGCCACAGUAGAGAUUACCCCCGGAAGCGACACCGAGAUGAUGACCGUCAUUCACAUGACUUCUCCAAGAGAACCUCGGAUCAUGACUCUCGAAGAAACUCUGAUCAUGACUCCAGACCAGAGAAGAAUCCACGAUUCCGUGAGAGUGGCGAUUCUGAUGAUGAGGAGGAAGAUGAUCGAAAACGACGGCCUUAGCUGAUUUAUAAUGCUGUGUUUUUAUCUAUGAAGUAACUGUUGGCAUUUCUGCAGUCGGAGGAAAAGCUAUUCUUCUGUUAACAAUGUGAAAAACCAAAUUAUGCACUCUUCUAACAACUUGGACGCAAAAAAUUUCCUUUUCCUUUAUUUUUUGUAAUUUUUUUUAUUUUGGAAAUCCAGCUUCUGUAUGUUAGGGUGAUUUACAUCAGUGCUUGACCUCCCAGACUUUAAAUAUUAAAUUUAGUAACUUAUUUUGGUAUGCAGAAA